AUGUCGUCCGGCCCUCCUGGCUCAUUCGGCGGCCCUCCCGGACCCCCUCCAGGCGGUCCUGCGGCUCGAGUUCCACCAGGUCCCCCUGCUGGUGGACCAGGCUUUGCGGCUCCGGGCUCCUUCCCUCCCGGUAUGGCAGGGAUGCCACUGCCCAACUUUCCCCCUCCACUCCCUCCCAAUUGGAGCGAACACCGCGCCCCCGACGGCGUGACGCCGUACUACUACAACACGGCCACCAAGGCGUCGACGUACACGCGUCCUACCUUUGCUACGGCCGCGCCGGCACCCGCGGCAGCACCGAAAGAGAAAAAGAAGAAGAAGGAGAAGCCCAAGGACCGCGUCCCCAUUCCGGGAACGGGGUGGACGCGCGUCACGACCAACGAGGGCAACGUCUUCUACUUUGAGAAAGAGACCAAGCGGUCCGAGUGGACGAUCCCCGACGAGAUCGCUGAGGCAGUUGCGGCUUUCGAUGCCUCCGAGGCUCAGGAGCGCAAGCAGAAGGCGGAGGAGGCGCGCAUCGAGCGCCUGCGUGAGCAGGAGCGGGUGCGCGCCGAGGUCGCAGAGGAGCGCAAGCGCAAGGCCGAGGAGAAGAAGCGCAAAGCCGACGCGGCCGCUGAGGGGGCUCCCGGAGCCAAGAAGUCCAAGGCUGCAGAGGAGAGCGGCGGUUUCGUCGAGGACGAUGGAGCGCCGGAGGUCGAGGACGAGGUGGAGUGGAAGCGUGCCGUAGCGGCCGAGUUCGAUGCUGUCGACCGUCGGAAAGCCGCUGAUGCGGCGAAGGAGGAAGGCGAUGCGGAGAAGGCGGGAGAGGAGGCCGCGAAGAAGGUGUUCGCCGUCCCCGAGAAGGUGCAGGUUUCUGCGGAAGAGGGGCGGGCACUGUUCAAGGCGCUGCUCAUCGAGAAGGAGAUAUCACCGUUCGCACCUUGGGAACAGGCGCUUCCGCUCUUCAUCAACGACCCGCGCUACGUCCUCCUCCCGAGCAUGAAGGAGCGUCGCGACGUGUAUGAGGAGUACUGCCGCACGGCAGGUCGGGCGAAGCGGACGAGCAAAGCCGAACCGGCCAAGGCUAAGGCCGACCCGGAGAGGGACUACCGUGCGCUUAUGCGCGAGGAGGUGACCUCGACGCGGACGCGCUUCGACGACUUCCGGCGCAAGUUCAAGAAGGACCGCCGGUUCUGGGCGUUUGGGCGCGACGAUCGUGAGCGCGAGAAGGCGUUUAAGGUGCAUCUCCGCGAGCUGGGCGAGCGGAAGCGUGCCGACGCCGAGCGCGCCGAGAAGGACUUCCUCGAGCUCCUCUCGGAGACCCACAUCGCGCCAGAGGCGGAGUGGAGCCAGGUCAAGAGGGGCAUCUCUCAUGAUUCCCGCUACGACGCGGUGGGAAGCUCGAGCUUGCGUGCCGAGCUGUUCGCCACGCACCUCAAGAAGCUCGCUGCGGAAGGCAACGCUGAGGACCCUGCCACGCGGCGCGCACGAGAGAAGAAGGAGCGGCAGGAGGCGAGUCUGGCGCAGCGCCAGAACGCUGUAAGGGCGCACCAGGCUGUGAUCGGGGAGGAGGCCAGCAAGGCGCGUCGGUCUGCGGGGAGGGAGGAGGGUGAGCGCCUCUUCGGCAGCCUCCUCGUCGACGUGGUGCGUUCCGACACUACUUGGGAAGACAUCUUGCCUAUCCUGCGGCAGGACCGGCGAUUCGCGCACCCUGCCCUGCGUGACGGUGACCGGCGUCGACUGCUCGAGGGACACGUCGAGCGCAUCCGCGAGACCAAGGCCGAUGAGCUCUCGUCUCUGUUCGCGCGGCAUGCCAAGCUGGAGACGACCUUUGGCGACAUCUACGAGAAGAUCGCCGACGACGCGCUUGUCCAGCGCCUCGGUCUUGGUGCUGCGGCGCUCGAGGAACGGUUCAACGCAUGGCGCCGUGCGCGUGAGACAGUCGCCCGCGCCGAGUUCUACGACCUCCUGCGCGAGAACAACUUUGUCGAGUUCUGGGGCCGGAUGCGGAACAAGGUCCUCGACGACGCGGCGACCAAGGUCAAGCAGGACGAGGAUGAAGUCGAGGAGGGCAUGGACGUCACUGCACUCGCGAAGCAGGUCGACCUGGCCGAAAUCAAGGCUAUUCUCCGGCGCGACCAGAGGUACCGCCAGUUUGACCACGUUGGAGAUGAGCGGGAGAUGUGGCUCAGAGAAUACCUCGAGAACCUGGAGGGGUCGACGGGUACGGAGACGAUCCACAAGAUUGGGUAG